GAGCGAUGGAGGCUGGGCCGGGCCUGCGUUUGGUUUAGUCGGCUGCAGAGGGGUAAUCGGCGUGUGUUGUGGGGAGUCAGCGUUACGUCCGGUAUUGUGCCGUCCAAAAACCGAAAUCGCGCCGCUGCGUUUCCCAUUGAAUCAGCCUUCGCUAGAGGAUUAUUGGCCUCAGGCGAUGGCCGCGCUCUGCAGGAAUAUGAGCCGACUGAGGAAUUUGGUGGAAUCAAAAGCUGUUCUAUCUUUGUGGCCUGAAUUCGUAAGAUCGAAGUUUACAAAAACACGUAUUCCAGCAAAGAUGUUUGAAGUGGAUCCAGCAGAUCAUGAAAAAUAUAAUGGUGAUCCAAACCAACCACACCAACUGCACAUCAUUACCAGAAUAAAAUGCACCAGGCGGCGUCCCUAUUGGGAAAAGAAAAUUGUUCAUGACCUUGGAUUGGAUAAGGCACAUCAUCCACAGAUCCAUAAAAAUGUUCCCUCGGUCAAUAGUAAACUGAAAGUCAUCAAGCAUCUUAUUAGAGUGCAACCUCUGAAACUACCACAAGGGCUACCAACAGAGCAGGAACUAGCAGACACUUGCCUGAACAGCAGAGGGGAAUUGAUAAUAAGACGACACCUUCAACCGCUGAAGCAAAUAAGUCAUGAAUCUUAAAUUGCUGCUUGUAAGCGAAAUAAAUUUUAGUUGGUUUCUAAAAAUUGAAGUUUUCUCAUAUAAUUAAAAAAUACUAGCCAAA